UAGAAACAAGUACUGUACUACAGUACUUCCUACUAGUACUAGUUUUACGUGCUAGUACCAUUACUACUACUAGUAGUACCAGUACAACAACAUCACUAUCGAACAAAUGAUCGACAACUUCAGUAUCGAUCCUAAACGUUUCGAACAAGUUUAGUGAUGGAGGGCAACGAGAAUCCGAAUGACGUUCGUAAGGAUGAAGAAUUGAACUGGUACUUUGAAACUAACAAUGAAAUCAUUCGGGAUGAAAUUGAGGAUAAUAACGAAAACAAGGAUCAUACUGGAAGGGGAAGGGACGUUGAUGGGUGGAGGGAGAUAAUCGAAGAAAAUAAUGUUGGCGAUGAUGCCUCGGAAGAAGAUUAUGAAAGCGAUGAACGCCACGGAAACUACGAAAUGGGGAUCAACGAUCAAAUCGGGGAGGACGAAAGUGAGGAGAAAAGGGUGCACGAUGAGUUGCGGCUUGCGGUUAGUGCACUAUGGAAAACUGGACUAGAGAUUUUUAUCCAUCAAUUGCUUUAUCAUCGAAGAGUCUAUCCAAAGGAUACUUUUUCGUCGGCUCGUUUUGCCGGAGUCGCUUGCAAAAUUAAUCGCAAUCCUAGAGUACUCGUUUACAUCUCAGAAGCUUUGAGAAGUAUUUUACCGAGUUUAUUUGAUGAAGAAAAGGGCAUUAUUCUAAACGAAGGUCACGGUCAACAUCGUCGUCGAUCCAAGGAACUUCAGGUCGAAAUUUAUGAUCGGGAGAAAGGGAUUACGCACGAACAGUAUUCGCUUUUCUUUUCACACGAAGGACUUGAAGAUCGUGAUGCUGACGUAACCUCUGCUGCACUAAGCCACUCUUUUUCUCUUCCCUUGACACUGGAUAAUGAAAGAAGUGAUCUAGCCAAUUCGAUAAUGGGAGAGGUUGAAAAGGAUCUACGAGAUUUGGUUUGUAGCACUGCCAGACUAGAAGGACUACGAUUUUGUGCUUGGGACGACUCGGUUUCGUUCAAAGUUCUACUAGUGAUGAAUACAACCGCAAACGUAAUGAAACCAACGAUAGCUUCGGAUAGUGUUCUCGACGAGACGAAGUGGUUUCGAAGGACUGAAACAAAGACGCUCUCCGACAAUCAGAGAAAUACAAGAGUGAUAUGCAACCUCGCAAACUCGGCGUGUCAAUUUUCGUACAAGGUUGUCAAAAACCAAGGUAGGCAACAGCAAACAGGAAAUAAGAGUGAAAGUAGUAUUAAGGGAAGGCAGGCAUGACGAAGAAAGUCUGAAAAGAACAAAAGGCAAGAUUCGCCAUAAACUGAAAUCUAGAAUCAUACUAUUCCAUUACCAAUCCAUUCCACUUUUUUCCAUUGCACAUUUUUCCGAUCAAAAUCCAUUGCCGUGUAUUUUUUCAAAUAUCAAUCCAUUCCAUUUCACACAUCCUAUUCCAUUCUGAUUUCAGUUUUUUGGUUCCACUUCUCUUGUUGAGAGUAUGAAUAUGCAUCGAGACAGUUUCAUCCACUGAUAAUUGUUUCCUAUCACAUGCAGCUUUUCUACCAGAUACUACCAGGUGCUUGUCUCUGUUUACCAUGGCCUUGGUUUUGCCCAAUAGUUCCUAUUGGUUGACCACCCAAAGAUUGUUGGAGACCGAAGCCCUGGUGAGUAUCUCCAGAUGCCAACGAUGCACUACCACCGUUUUUGUGAUGAGAAGGACCCCGUCCAGGGUUGUUAUUGCUACUCCCGAUGGAUCCAAAGCCACUCCCUUGAUAAUUGCCGCCACUCGUAAUAUGUACCCCAGGCAACAAACUCUGAAGAAGAGCAAUGUCGCUGCUGUUGCUUACAUUUGGAUUCGCUGGGAUCUGACUAUUCAUUCCGCCGAUUGGGACUCCGCCGAUAGGGUUGUUGCUUGCCUUCGUUGCUCCUCCGAUCACACCUUGCAAAGGCAAGGAAUCAUUAUUAAAUGAAGACAUAGAAGAUUGUCGCCCAGGUUCCGAUGACCAAAGCUGUGAAGAUGUCUCGCGAAGGGAUCCAGAACCUGUGGGCAAGUUGAUGCCCAGCAUCGAUGCUAAAGCAGAGCUACCCGAUCCGUGAAAGUUACCAAUCGGCCCGCCUCCUAUGACUCCGCCUCCAAUCGAGUCUCUAUUCGCACCAGGCAGAGCAUUCUGAGAACCAUUGCCCCAUGAUUGAGCUUUAGUGUUCCCUGGGAAACCAGCAUCGUUGAGCGAGUCCCACUUGCCCUUGCCCGAACCGAUCGCUGACCUAGUAUUCGAAGAGGACAACAAUGGUCCAUCAAAUACUUCUCCGCCAAGACCACCGAGUCCAUCUCCACCAAACUUCAAUUGCGGGCCACGAGGAAUACCGUUGGUUGAUGCUAGUUCUCUGUUGAUAGGAGGGGGAACCGAGACCGGAGCAGAAAUUACAUCCCCUCCGAUACCCUCUAGUUGACCUGGGACAUUGUUUCUGAUCGACGAUAUACCUACUUCGGGAUUCGAAGCAGCAGGUUGUGACGAUGCCGAUUUGAGCCCACUAGUUUUCUUUGUACUUGUUCGAGAAUUUGAAUAUUUUUGAACAUCGGAUGCACUAUUUGUCUUUGGUGCACCCUUCGAUGCAGUGGUGCUUCGUUUCAACGGUGUCAACGGUGUGAGCGUAGUAUGAGGUGCCGGAGGUUCUGAGUGACUAGAGACGCUAUGAACACCGGCAACGACAGAUGCUGCGGUUGCACCAGCUGGUGCUAAAGACAUAGAUCCACUGUUGGUGCCAUUGAUAGAACCCGGCAUAUUUUUGCGAGCGGUCUGGGACAUCGGCAAGGAAGCGACGGCGCUUUUUGAUGCACUGGAAAGUGCGCCUGCAGGUCCAAUAUUCUUCGACGCAGAAAUUACAGAGGAAGACGCUACUCUGCUUGCCGCAUUCAUAUGGUUCGAAGAAGCCGAAGACGAUGAACCGGCUCCGGCAGCAGAAAUUGAAGGGAAUCCAGAACCAAUCGUCUGUACAGAUGCAGCAGCAGCCGCUGCAGACCGCACAUGUGUUAUUGUUGGAGGCGUCGGAACGAGGGAAGUCGUGGGAUUUUUUACAGCUUCGUCAUAUGAAGGAGGAGGAAAGAUAGGAUUUGAAGAUGCUUUUCCUGUUCCGGAUGGUCCUCCUCCUCCUGUUCUUCUGCGUGGAGUGGUACCCGCGGCACCGCUAGCGGCACUCAAUGCCUGUUGAACAAUUUGUUGCUGGCGUGCCAAGACAUCUCUUCCACUGGUCACAUAUCCCGCUUGA